CAAGCCAAUAGCCAUUACUUUAAUUUGAUCUAUUUCUAGCUCUUCAAUUUCUCACUCUCUUCAUUUCUUGUGUUUUUCUUUAAGGUCUUACUUUUUUUUCGUGUCAUGUGUUUUUACAGUAAUAGUUCUUCCUGCAUCAGUUAGUUUCAGCUGUCCUAUUGGAUCAUGGAGCCAGAUGCAUCAUGGCUACCUUGGGACUCUCAGCUGGCUGCCAAUUGGAGCAUGGAACAAGCACUAGUAUGGACUCAUGGCCUCCCUGUGGAGUAUCAGUAUCCGGCCACUGAGAUAUCCAGCUGCUGCCUCCAAACAUUUGUCCCUGCUAGCUCCACCGGAGGGCACCUGGUUGAUCAUACAGCAGCAGCAGCAGACACACAGCUGAAUGAUCCUGAUCCGAUCGAGAAAGAAGCAGCAGCACAAGAUCAGCUUGAGGUUGAUCUGCAGAACAUGGUCCUGAAGAUCCAUGUCGAUCCGAUCCAUGCCUUCGAGAAAGCAGCGUCCGACUACAAGGCUGGCGUGGACUUGAUGCGGCUCAAGAUCCACAGGUACCCGGCGACCAUCCGAGCUCUCGGCGAGCGCUACACCGUCCCGACGACGGUGGCCAUCGGCCCCUACCACCACGGCCGCGCCCACCUCACGCCGGCGGAGAAGGUGAAGCACGUCGCCGCCUACCACUGCAUCCGGGAGUCCGGCCGCCCGGUCCAGGAGAUGUACGACGCGGUGGCCCACGCCGCCUGCGGCACCCGGGGCCUCUACGACGCGGACGCGGUGGCCGGCGUCGGCGACGGCGACCUCCUCCCCAUGAUGUUCUACGACGCCUGCUUCCUGGUCCAGUACAUGCUCACCUGCACCCGCGCCGGCCCCGCGCAGAUGGACCCGGCGCUGCGGAGCUUCUUCGACGCCAACGACAACGACGUGUUCCGCGACAUCACGCAGCUCGAGAAUCAGCUCCCAUGGCGGGUGGUCGAGGCCGUCAUGAUGUUCCGGCCGGUCCCCGUGGCGGAGUUCGUCGCGUCGCUGCGAGGCUGCCUGCAGGACCGCAAGGUGGACGACUCCGGCGAGGAGCCGUUCGUCCUGGACGAGGGCGGCUACGGCGAGCCGCCGCACCUCCUCGGCCUCCUCCGGUUCUACAUCGUCGGGAGGAGCCACGCCAAGCUGCCGGCGCUGCCGGAAAUCGAGGCGAUCUCGUUCUCCGUCAGCACCAUCGAGCUCGCCGAGAUCGGCGUCGCGCUCGCGCCCAGCAGGACCACCCAGCUCAUCCACAUGGGCGUCAGGGAGAAGGGGAGCCUCUUCGCGGAGCUCUCGCUGGCGCCGCUGUCGCUGGACGACACGCGCGCGAGCCUGCUCGUCAACAUGGCGGCGCUCGAGCUGCGCACGACGCCGAGCUUCCACGACGCCGACGACGAGGACUCCGCCGUGUGCUCGUACCUGCUGCUGCUGGGCAUGAUCGUGGACAGGGAGGAGGACGUGCACGAGCUCCGGCGGCGGCGGAUCCUGCAGGGAGGAGGAGGGCUCACCAACAGGGAGGCGCUCGAGUUCCUGGCCAGCCUGCAGGGGCUGCGCCUCGGGUCGCGCUACGUGCGCACCAUGGAGGAGAUCGAGAGCUACAAGUCGGAGCGGAGGACGAGGACCAAAGUGCACGCCUUCGUUUACAGGAACUUGAAAACGAUCGUCGCCGCCAUUUCCGCCAUUGCUGCAGUUGUAGGUAUCGCUGGGACGCUCAAGUCGCUCAAGGUUGUCCAUUGAUCAUCUACUGCAUGUAUUUGAGUUUUUACUAUGUUAGUUACUUCCAACUGUUACUUCCCUCGGUAACUACAAUUAAUUAGCAAAAAUUCUAAAUUAUUCCCCCAACUAUAGUCAAUGUCCGGAUAACUCCCUAACUAUGUUUGGUUCAUUUUACCCCAGACUAUGCUCUUUUGUUCAAAUUACUCUCUAAUACAAUUUGU